GGUUCGCCUUUGGUUGUAAGGUUACAAUGAUGGUAAUCAUUUUAACGAUAUCUUUUGUUAUUGCUUUCUUCUUGUACUACCACUUCACAAAGUACAAUAAUUAUUGGAAUGAACGAAAUGUUGUUGGCCCAAAACCUACUUUCUUCUUCGGAAAUAUUAAGGAUGCAAUGCUCAGAAGAAAACCCAUUGGCCACGUAUUCAAGGAUAUCUACGAUAUGUACCCAGAAGAAAAAGUGGUAGGAAUGUUCGUGAUGAGAUCCCCAGAAUUGUUAGUAAGGGAUUUAGAUGUGAUAAAAAAUAUACUAAUAAAAGAUUUCGAUAUUUUCGUGAACCGCGGAUUUGAGUUUAAAAUAACGGGUUUCGGAGCGAAUUUGUUCCAUGGUAAUGCUGACACCUGGCGACUGUUACGAAGCCGCUUCUCUCCGCUUUUCACUCCGGUAAAGCUAAAGAAUAUGAUGCAUCUUUUAAGUGAACGCGGGGAUAAAUUUGUGAAGUAUGUAGCCCGAGUCACACAGUUAAAUCCGGAGCAAGAAGUCCACAAUAUGACACAAAAGUUUGCGCUGGCUGCCAUAGCCGCUUGCGCAUUUGGCAUAGACAUCGAUACAUUUAACCAAGAACACGAAACCCUUCGUAGGAUCCACAGUAAAAUAUUCAAUAUGACCCUUAGUCGUGACCUAGAGCUGAUAUAUCCUGGAAUUUUAGUGAAAAUUGGAGGCUCACUUUUUCCAACAGAAGUUAUCACAUUUUUUAUCGAUUUGGUCAAACACGUCACUGCGCAAAGAAAUGGUAAACCAAGCAAGAGAAACGAUUUCAUGGAUUUAAUUUUGAAAAUGAGAGAAGAGAAACACAUUUCUGGACCAAUGGAAAAAAACAGUGACAAUAAGUCGAGUUUAUAUCUAACUGACGAAGUCAUAGCGGGACAGGCAUUUAGUUUUUAUGCUGGGGGUUAUGAAACCAGUGCGUUGACUAUGGGUUUCUUCCUGUACCAAUUAGCUCUCAAACCCGAAAUCCAAAACAAGGUGGUGGCAGAAAUAAAACAAGUAUUAACGAAACAUGAUGGCGAGAUGACCCUAGAAGCUGUUUUAGAUUUAUCUUAUAUGGGCCAAGUUUUCGACGAAAUAUUGAGAAUGUAUCCAAUUGUUUGUGAUUUGAAAAGAAAGUCUAACAGCACCUAUACAAUACCCGGUACAAAUGUAACGAUAGAGAAAAAUCAGUUGAUUAAAAUUCCAAUACUUGGUAUCCAUUAUGAUGAAAAGAUAUACCCUAACCCUGAGAAGUUUGACCCAGAUAGAUUUUCUCCAGAGAAUGUGGCAGCGAGGCACUCUUGCGCAUAUUUGCCUUUUGGACUUGGACCUAGGAACUGCAUCGGGUACCGUUUCGCACAGCUACAAUCGCGAGUGUGUAUGGCGAAGCUCCUCUCUCAGUUUCGGGUGGAACCUUCUAAGAAUACCCUCCAUCAAUUGCAGUACGACCCUCGGCGUAUCGUAUUAUACCCCAUUGGCGGUAUACCGCUGAACUUCAUUAAAAUACAUUGAUAUA